UGCAUGAUUUGUCAGUUCUAGUAAACAUUGUAGUAUUUAUAUAUUACACAUCGAAUCACUCAUUUUCAUCAUCGGUUUAGUGCAAGUUUACGAUAUGAGUGUUGCCUGUAGCAAACAAAAGCGAUUGGUUCGUUGACACCGUUUUGAGAUAGUUUUUUUUUUGGUGAAAGUGUGUUUUGUUUAUAGUAAAACAUGAACCAAUCGAAAUCUUAUAAAGAUUUCAUAUGGAGAAAUCAAAGAUUAUGCAGAUAAACUAAAUGACCCAACUGAAGCGUAGCAAAACAAAUCCGUAGACAAAUAUCAAUUAAGCCUAAUGAUAUAACAACAGAGGAGAAAUUUUAGGAAAGAAAGUAUUGGUGGAAUCAGGGGCAUAAACAAGCCAUCAAAUAAGACGUGUUUUAUAAUGGGCUCCGUAGCUGAGGAAUUGAUUGCGUUAAAUAAUGAAACUGUUAGGAAUACAAUCUUCAGUUUCAUAGGUCAAUAUGUGGAUCUGGAUUAUUCGAUAUGGUUAUAUCGUUUGCUAACACCGUUGUUAGUCACAUUUGUACUGCCUACGUUUUUUGUGCUCUUGAUAUAUUUGUCAAUUUCAUUUCUUUAUGUAUACAAGCUGCACAGUCGAUUUAUUUUGCAAGUUUAUAAUGAAGGAGAUUUUGAUUUUUGGGAUGUCGCACGAACUUUGGUGGCCGUAGUUUGGGAUGCUCAUGGUUGGAUUUUUCACGGUUACGAGGUUUUCGGAAUGGAAAAUCUACCAGAACAUGGACCAGCUCUGAUCAUUUACUACCAUGGUGCAAUUCCUAUAGAUAUGUACUAUCUGGUAGCACGUGUCUAUCUUAAGCGAUCUAGAUUGGUUUACACAGUGGGCGAUCGGUUUUUGGAAAAGCUCCCAGGUUGGGCUUUUUUGGCACGUGUUAUGAAGAUUAGUCCGGGUACAGUGCAAUCUUGUGCUAACGUGCUCAAAGAAGGAAAUAUGUUAUCAAUCGCACCUGGAGGAGUCUAUGAGGCUCAGUUCGGUGAUAGUAACUACGAAUUACUAUGGCAACAUCGCAUUGGAUUCGCGAAAGUAGCCAUCGAAUCUAAAGCGCCUAUCAUUCCAAUGUUUACGGAAAACCUUCGCGAAGGUUUUCGCUCAAUCGGAUUCGCUAAACGACUUUUUAUUUGGUUGUACAAUGCUGUACGUUUUCCGGUGCGGCCAGUAUACGGUGGUUUCCCUGUAAAAUUUCGAACCCACCUUGGAAAACCCAUUCUCUAUGACCCUUCACUAACACCGGAAGAGUUGCAGGAAAAAGUGGCGUAUGCCAUCGAAGAACUGAUAAACAAAAAUCAAAGAAUACCCGGUAGUAUAUUGCACGGACUGAUGGAUCGAUUUGUGUCCAAGAGAAAGGAAGAUUAACGAUAACUUUUCGGUGUAAUGAAAAAAUCAAAUCUAAACGUAGCCGUACUUAAAAACUGCUUAUAUUUAUGGAAAUGUGAUUAAAAUAUGACUAUACAGUUAAGCUGAUUA